AUGAAGAGGUCGCAUGGGGAAAAUGGAGAAACGCGUGGUUUCCUCGAGGAGAACAACGGCCAUCCCCAAUCCAUUCCUAAAACAAACGCACCACGUCGCGCCUUCUGGCACCUCAUCUUCUCUUACAUGUUGAAUAUUGUCCUGGCAGCCAUCCUUCUGUGGUUUUUGACCAAACCGUGGGAUCCUUCACAAGGCAUCUACUCCCCUGCGAAUGCCGUGAUUGAAUAUGAGACCAAAGUAUUUGCCCCAGGCGUCGGACCGAGCCACUCCCCAUAUCAAGGCUACCCGGACGAUGACAUGGACGACGCUUGGGACGACUUAUACCAAUGCAAGUACAAACCACAACAUGGCAAGAUUUGA